GGCAGCCCCUGGGGGUCCCCGGCAGCGGCCCCCCCGGCCCGGCCCGGCCCGGCCCGUGGGAUGCCCCGUGGGGGGGCGGGGACUCCCUGACCCCCGCGCUGCCCCCAGGAUGCUGCGGUCGCGCUGCCGCCUCCUCCUGGGACACCUGGACCGGGCGCAUCACCUGCUGCAGCUCAGCGCCCGCCUCGAGCAUGAGUGCGCGCAGGUGGCGCGGGGCCUCGAGGCAUGGCGGCAGCGGUGCGUGGAGCUGGAGCAGGACGGGCACCGGGCGCGGGAGCAGCUGGCCCGGGUGCAGGUGGAGCGCGCGACACUGGAGGUCAAGCUCAAGCACGCGCGCAACCAGGUGCAGGUGGAGAUGCGGCGUCGGCAGCGCGCCGAGGCCGAGCUGGAGAAGCAGGACAGGCAGCUCCAGCUGAUCUGCGGCUACCUGAUGCAGGAGCCCUCGGGCCCCAGCGGCACCGCCUCCAGCCUGGCCCUGGGGAGACGGCUGUCCGUGGUGGACGAGUCGGGUGCCUCGCUCCUGUCCCAUUCUGGCAUCAGCUACGACCCCACGGACGAUGACCUGGACCUGGAUGUGACAGUGGCGCAGCUGAAGCGGCGGUCCCAGGAGAGGCAGCGCUCCUCCCUGGCACCAGUGGUUGGCCCUGUGAUGCUGGCAAAGCACUCACGCCCGUUAGCGGAGACCACCAUGGAGAGCGAGCCCCAGGCGCUGCUUGCCGCUACAGUCAUCACCGAAGGCCCCAGAGCCGUUGGCGCCCUCCCGCCGGUGCCACGCCGCCGGUCCCGUCAGGCUGCCCGCCUCUCUGCGCUUGCAGCCGGGACCUUGGCACAGAGCAGCAAUGACUCCGACACCCGCCCCCCAGCCCCUGGUGACGGUGACAGUGGAGCCGGCAUGGGCACAGUCCAGGCACCUGAGCCCCCGUCCCCCCUGCGCGGCCCCCCCACUGCCCAGCACCUCUUCACCUCCAAAAAGGUGCUCUGCCCCGAGGCCUGUGGCGAGUGCGGUGCCCGCCUGCGCUUUGGGCGCGUGGGGCUGCGGUGCCGGCGCUGCUGCCUGCUGCUGCACAACGAGUGCCGCCCAUGCUACACUGCGCCCUGCACCCCCGGCCCCCGCACCUGCCCCCGCCAGGGCGUCCUGGCAGACUUCGCCCCCCUGACACCGCCCCGAGUGCCGGCACUGGUGGUGCAGUGCGUGCAUGAGGUGGAGAGCAGGGGCCUGGCGGAGACGGGGCUGUACCGGGUGCCGGGCGCAGAGUCGCUGGUGCGGGAGUGGCGCCAGAAGCUGCUGCGGGGCCGGGGGCCAGCGGGGCGAGUGCCCGACGUGCACGUGGCCUGCGGGGUGCUCAAGGACUUCCUGCGCGGGCUGCGCGAGCCGCUUGUCACCUUCCGCCUGCACCCCGCCUUCCUGCGGGCCGCUGACCUGCCGGACGCGGCUGCCCUGUGCCACGUGGUGAUGCAGCUGCCACCGGCUAACCGGGACACGCUGGCCUUCCUCGUGCUGCACCUGCUCAGAGUCGCCCGCAGCCCUGCCUGCAAGAUGGACCGGGCCAACCUGGCGCGUGUGUUCGGGCCCACGCUGGUGGGGUACGGCUCGGCCGACCCCCCGCCCCUCACCAUCCUGGAGGACACCCCACGCCAGUGCAAGGUGGUGGAUCGGCUCCUCUCGCUGCCGCCCGAGUUCUGGCAGCGCUUCAUGGUGGAGGAGCAGGAGGACGCGGCGCCCACGGCCCAUGGCAGUGAGCAGGCUCUCCUGCCCCCUGCCCUCAUCCGAGACCAGCUCUGCCCCGAUGAGUCCAGCCGGUGCCGGCUGCCUACCCCGCGCCCUGCGCCCCUGCACCAAGCUCCCGCGGGCAUCGCACCCCAAGAAGACCGGCCGCUUCUUCCCCUCCCCGCCCUAGGGGACAGACAUGUUCCCUCCUGCUGUGGGGGGGCAGCACUGGGGACCAGGCCCCUCUUGCUGCCCCCACUGCAGAGGGGCUCUGGCCCAGUGCCGCACCCCUGGCCAGGGCUUGUGCCCGUCCCUGGCAGCCCCCAGGCCCAGCGCUGGGGGCACAAGGCUGGAUUUUUCUCUUGCCCCCCGGAGUGAACCCACCGACCUGGGCCUCUCUCUGCACUGAGGAACAGCUUUUGUUUUGGGGGACAGGGCAGGACAGGAUGUGCCAGCCCAGAGCCCCCCGGGGUGGUAGGGGGUGCUGGGCUGGGGGCACUGGGCACUUGUCCCUUUUGGGCUGGUUUCUAUUAAAGGCUUGUAGCAGAA